AUGAGUCGAAACCAGAUUGACGGAAACUUACCGGAGACGGUCGCUGAACUAGAGGCCCUCCCUUGGUGUCGCGCACUCCUCAAAAACCCGUCAGUCGUCACUUUCAUUCCGCCAUCCCGGGUACCAGAAAACGCCAACCCACACGACAGGUUCUUCGGUAAAACACUCAAUAACUCGACCGGUAUACCAGCUUGUAUCAGCUUUCACACCGAGGCCCCGGGUCGAUCUGUCAUCACCGAACUAUCGUCCCUAUUCGCGCUUUCAAGAGGGGUUGAUGGCUAUCCCAACAUCGCGCACGGUGGCAUGACUGCAGUUUUGAUCGACGAGGUCCUUGGCGUCUUGAUUCAGAGGAACAUGGACACGGAGAGGGACGACCCGAUCUUCAAGAUGAACACAGUCACUUCUUCGAUGAACAUCAAAUACCUCAAACCCAUCAAAACGCCUAGUGUUGUGCUAGGAACCGGGCAAAUCAAGGAAAUCCGUGGAAAAAAGAUCCUACUCAAAGCUGUCCUCAAAGACGCGGAUGGUAUGGAGCUAGUGAUCUGCGACUCAAUAUGGAUCGGGAUUCCCAGAGUCAAGAUGUAA